AAAGAUAUUUCUCAUGGGCCAUAAUGUAGAACCCAAAUAUAUGAAGAUCACACUCUGUAGAGCUAAGAUCCAAAUGAGCUCUUGUAAAGAUGAUAGAUUGAAUGCCAACUUGGCAGCUGAAGAUGUCUACCUUGAGAUCCCUCCUUGGGAUGUCAGAGUAUUCAGGAUUAUCUGGAGCUAACCCAUUUAGGAUUUCAGCUUGUAAUUUUGUGAGAGCCUACCCAUGUAGGGUCUUAGUUGUAAUUCUUUGUGGGAGUCCACUCAUGUAAGGUCUUAGCUCGUAAUUCUUUAUCUAAGCUUUCUCAGCUCGUCGUUCUUCAUUAGAUGUUGUCAGCUUGUCAUUCUCUUUGGAGCUUUGCAAGCUCAUAAAUCUUUGUUUGCACUAUGUCAACUCGUAAUUCUUCGUUGGAGUUGUGUGAGCUUGUAAUUCUUUGUUGGAGUUGUGUGAGCUUGUAAUUCUUUGUUAGAGCUCUGUCAACUCGUCAUUCUUUAUUGGAGCUUUAUGAGCUCAUCAUUCUUCAUUGGAGCUCUAUGAGCUCGUCGUUCUUCAUCAGAGCUUUGUGAGCUCAUCAUUCUUCAUCGGAGCUUUGUGAGCUCGUCAUUCUUUGUGGGGAGCUUUGUGAGCUUAUCAUUCUUCAUUGGAGUUCUGUGAGCUCAUCAUUCUUUGUUGGAGCUUUGUGAGCUCAUCAUUCUUCAUUGGAGUUCUGUGAGCUCGUCGUUCUUUGUUGAAGCUUUGUGAGCUCAUCAUUCUUCAUCAAAGCUCUGUGAGCUCAACAUUCUUUGUUGGAGCUUUGUCAGCUCAUCAUUCUUCAUUGGAUCUCUAUGAGCUCGUCAUUCUUUGUUGGAGCUUUGUCAGCUUGUCACUCUUCAUUGAAGCUCUGUGAGCUCAUCAUUCUAUGUUGGAGCUUUGUCAGCUCAUCAUGCUUUGUUGGAGCUUUGUCAGCUCGUCAUGCUUUGUUGGAGCUUUGUCAGCUUGUCAUUCUCUAUUGGAGCUUUGUCAGCUCGUCAUGCUCUGUUGAAGCUUUGUCAGCUCGUCCAUGCAGGGUCUCAGCUCAUAAUUCUUUUUGAAAGGCUCACCAAAUAAAGAUUUGGAUCUUGC